CAGUAAUUUCGAGCGUGGAAAGUGUUUAUAGAAACUACUUAUAAUACCAGUGCUCUUAAUUACUCUUAAUCACUUAAGGCUGUUGAUUAUUACGUUACAGCCUCUCGCAGGUGAACUGUCCACACUUCCUUCAGCCGUGUUCCAUAUCCUAGCACGAGGCUACUCUAGCCUUAGGCUUAACGACAAUUACUGAACCUUUGAUCCUCAAACUGACAAGACAAAUACAAAUAAUUUACAACUCACAAUUUACAACUUACUUCUUACAAUUCAAUUCUUAUACCAAUACAUCUAAAGAUAUCAGACCAAUCUGAAGGCCAAAAUGCCUUCAGAUGCCGCUGUUGAGGUCUCUGAACCUCAACCGCAACCCUUCAAUGCGAACAAGCUCGAACCCGCAAAACGAAGGAACAGAACAACCUCAUCCGCAACCUCCACACCCACCCAUGUGAACUCAGAUCACCCUGAAGCGAACACCGGCGACGACGAAGAAGACCGCCCUCGCAAGAAACGCCCCACGGGCCGCGCACGCAUCACCGACUCCGAGCGUGACGAGAUCCGCCAGCGCCAGCAGCAGCGCGAGAAAGAGCAGCGCGACGCCGUCGCAGCACACAAUGCGCGCGGUAUCCACGAUGCAGUGAGACAGCAUUAUAACGCCGUGCCUGAGCGUGGCCGCGACUGGCGCCGCACGGACAGCCGCAUCAAGGGCCUGCGUAGCUUUAAUAACUGGAUUAAGAGCACGAUUAUCCAGAAGUUCUCGCCGAGUGAGGACUUCACGCCUGGUGGACAGCAGCCGGAGUAUGGUGCGCCGCCAGUUAAAGGACUAUUGGUGCUAGAUAUGGGGUGUGGCAAGGGAGGAGAUCUGGGGAAGUGGCAGCAGGCGCCUCAGCGUGUGGAUCUCUACGUCGGUCUCGACCCUGCCGAUGUGUCUAUUGGACAGGCACGGGAGCGCUACAGCCAGAUGGCUAGCCGUGGCGGCGGUGGCAGAGGUGGCCGUGGUGGACGCGGCGGGUACAACAACCGCCCCCCACCCCGCCUAUUCCACGGCGAAUUCGCAGUGCAAGACUGCUUCGGGGAGUCCAUUGAGAAGGUGCCCAUCGUGCGGGAAGUCGGCUUCGAUGCCUCGGGCGGCCCUUCCCGCUUCAGCGGCGGCCAGUUCGACGUCGUCAGCAUGAUGUUCGCGAUGCACUACGCCUUUGAGUCCGAGCAAAAAGCUCGCAUAAUGCUGAAGAAUGUGGCUGGCGCCCUCAAGAAGGGGGGGAGGUUCAUUGGCUGUAUCCCGGACUCUGAUGUUCUGAGUGCGCGCGCAGUGGAGUUCAAUGAGCGCCAGGCUGCAAAGAAGGCCGCGGCGCCGGCGCCGGCUGAAGGCGCAGAAGAGGGGAAACCCGCUACUGCUGUUGCUAAUGGCGCUGCGCCAGCGGAUCUGGACGAGGGCGAGAUCGCCGAGACGGCCGAGUGGGGUAACGACAUCUACCGCGUGCGUUUCGCGGGCCAAACACCCGCCGACGGCGUGUUUCGCCCUCCCUUUGGGUGGAAGUACAACUUCUUCCUGCACGAGGCCGUCGAGGAGGUGCCCGAGUACGUGGUUCCCUGGGAGGCGUUCCGUGCUAUCGCUGAGGACUACAACCUCGAGAUGCAGUAUCACAAGUCUUUUGGGGAGAUCUGGCGUUCGGAGAAGGACGAUCCAGUGUUGGGCCCGUUGAGUGAGAGGAUGGGUGUUCGGGGACGAGGGGGUGGAGGCUUGUUGGUGAGUGAUGAGGAGAUGGAGGCCGCGGAAUUUUAUGUGGCAUUUUGCUUUUAUAAGGUGUAGGUUGUAAGAUUCUGCUUGGUGGGAUUUGCAUUGGUUGGUGGAAAUGGAUUCAUAGCGUUGGCAACUCAAAUCUGGGGCCAUGCUUAUACGAUAGAGAAAAAAGCGCACUCAUACUCUGAGAAUCAGGCAGAAGGUAGCUUUUAAGGGGUGGUGGAAUCCUUACACACGGCGUUUCGAUACAGGAAGCAUAGCAUAUGGGUGAUUUUUGCGAACUCUAGUCACUGACCUGAAAAUACAAAAACAUUACG